AUGGACAGGAACCCUGCAUUCUCUGAAGCGUACUGCGCUAAGAUUGCACAGUAUAUUGACGACGGAUACGACACCAAGCUCACACACUCCCAGCUCCAGAUGCCUUCUCAGAGAGCGUGGUACCUGCCACAUUUUGGAGUGAUAAACCCCAACAAGCCAGGCAAGCUGCGCCUAGUAUUUGAUGCAGCUGCGCCAAGCCAUGGGGUCAGCCUCAACGAUGCCCUGCUGCCAGGCCCCGACUAUCUCAACCCUCUCACCAGUGUGCUGUUCAAGUUCAGACAACACCGCGUGGGGUUCGGAGGGGAUAUCCGACAGAUGUUUCACCAAGUGCACAUCCGACCUGACGAUCAGCCUGCACAGCGGUUCCUUAGAAAGGACCUGGAGCUUCACGUGUUCGAAGACGCCAGUGAGUCGGCAUUUGCCGCAGCAGCCUACUUCAGGCUAUCACUACCUGAUGACAGCACCAGAGUCGCAUUCGUGUUUGGCAAGUCCCGAGUCGCACCGCUGAAACCCAUAUCCAUACCGCGGCUGGAGCUGCAAGCUGCACUGAUGGCCAGCAGAAUGGCCGACACCGUCCGGAAAGAGCACGAUCUACCUAUCGACCGCAUCGUGCUCUGA